UCGAUUGAUCAACGGCAAUUAUAUUUUAUUCCAAGGCACGACGUUCUCUCUCACAAGUGUUUUGCACGUCGCACGGCGUCGUUUCAUUUUUUUUGUUAGUCAGUAGCAAAACAUCAGAACGCUUGUUUGAGUAGCGAUGUUUUGGUGGAUCGGAGUGUACGUAGCCCUGGUAUGGGCCUACAACAACUUUCUGGAAUCGCUUCUAUCCGUUCUCUGGGGAACGAUUCGUAGUGUAGUACUUCAGGAAAAACUCACAACUCGAUAUGGGCCUUGGGCAGUCGUUACCGGUGCGACGGACGGCAUUGGGAAAUGCUAUGCGGAGCAGCUAGCAAGCAAAGGCCUCAACGUAAUGCUUAUCUCGCGAACUGAGUCAAAGCUGAUAAAGGUAGCGGCCGAAAUCGCACAAAAGUAUGGCGUAGAAACCCGUUGGAUUGCGGUGGACUUUGCGAGUGGUCCGCACAUCUACCAUGACUUGCGAGAAAAACUUGCCCCGAUUGAAAUUGGAAUACUGGUGAACAAUGUUGGCUUUCUACCAGAACUGGGCUCUUUCGCACAGAACACCGAGUCAGAUCUGUUGACCUUGAUUAAUUUGAACAUUGUGGCAACGACGAUGCUCACGCGGUUGGUGCUGCCGGUGAUGAAGCGCCGUCGCAGGGGCAUUGUGGUCAAUAUUGCAUCCAGCUCGGCCUAUGUGCCAAUUCCGUACAUGACGGCGUACAGUUCGUCAAAGUCGUUCGUGGUCAGCUUCAGCCUGGGGCUUAGCCAUGAAUUACGCGGCACCGGAGUCGAAUGUCAGGUGGUGUCACCUUCGAUAGUGCAGACGAACAUGGCCCACCAGUACACGGAUGGCAUUCCGUGGUACGUGCUAGUGUUGAAGCCGGAGCAGGUGGCGAGGUUCGCGGUUUUCGCCAUUGGAAAGACCGGGCACACGUGUGGCCAUUGGCUGCAUUGCUUACAGAUGAUAUGGUGGGGACUUCUUCCGCUGAAACUGGCGGUACGGUUUGCUGGGAAUUUGUUCGUCAAAGAUGUAAACAAAAAGCAUUAGUUUAAUUUAACUAAAUUUACGCGGAUAAGAAAAUACGUUCCAAUGACUGUAGUUACGUUCAAGCCAAAUGAUAUCACAAUAAACACAACAUGAGGUCACACUUAAAA